UCCCCACCCCAGAGAAGAGCCGGGCAUUAGAGCCCCCUCCAGUCACUGCUCAGACAGCCGUGGCUGCGUCAGCUGAUUCCUUGCGCUCCAGCCUCUUCUCUCUCUGCUCUCUCAAAGUGGAUUAAAGUCCGCCGCCGCCGCCGUCGCCGCCACCACCGCCGCCGCCGUCUCGGAGUUUCUGGGUCAGGAGGAUUAUGAAAGUGAUGUGGGGCUGCUGACAGAGCGCGGCCAGCCAGCCAGCCAGUCGCAGCCCACGAGCUUCUUCCCAACCUUGAACUUUUUUUUUUUUAAAAUUUUCUCCCCCUUCCACCCUGGGCGCCCCCACCCCGAGAAGGACUUUCGGGUCAGGGUGUGUGUAGGGCAAGAGAGCCACAGUCUAGGAUGGCUUCCAAUUUUAAUGACAUAGUAAAGCAAGGGUAUGUAAAGAUUAGGAGCAGACGCUUAGGUAUUUAUCAAAGAUGCUGGCUAGUGUUCAAGAAAGCUUCAAGCAAAGGUCCAAAAAGAUUGGAGAAGUUUUCAGAUGAGCGGGCAGCAUAUUUUAGGUGUUACCACAAGGUCACAGAGCUUAACAAUGUUAAGAACGUAUUACGAUUGCCCAAAAGCACAAAGAAACAUGCUAUUGGGAUUUAUUUCAAUGAUGAUACCUCCAAGACCUUUGCUUGUGACUCAGAGCUUGAGGCAGAUGAGUGGUGUAAAGUGCUGCAGAUGGAAUGCUUGGGAACUCGUAUCAACGAUAUCAGUCUUGGAGAGCCUGACCUCUUGGCUACUGGCGUAGAAAGAGAGCAGAGUGAGAGAUUCAAUGUGUAUUUGAUGCCAUCUCCUAACUUAGAUGUACAUGGGGAAUGUACCUUGCAGAUAACAUAUGAGCAUAUCUGUCUUUGGGACAUCCAGAAUCCCAGAGUCAAGCUCAUCUCUUGGCCAUUAAGUGCCCUCCGGCGAUAUGGACGAGAUCCAACUUGGUUCACAUUUGAGGCAGGAAGGAUGUGUGACACUGGGGAAGGACUUUUUAUCUUUCAAACAAGAGAUGGAGAAGCCAUUUAUCAGAAAGUACACUCUGCUGCCCUGGCUAUAGCAGAGCAGCAUGAGCGUCUGCUUCAGAGUGUGAAAAAUUCAAUGCUCCAAAUGAAGAUGAGCGAGCGAGCUGUCUCACUCAGCACCAUGGUGCCCCUCCCACGUAGUGCCUAUUGGCAGCACAUCACUCGGCAGCACAGCACUGGUCAGCUGUAUAGCUUACAAGAUGGUUCAAGUCCUCUGAAACUUCAUCAAACAGAGACUUUCCCUGCCUACCGAUCAGAACACUGAUAGAGACUGAAGCGGUUCUUGGAAAUGCUUGUGAUUUGUCAGCCAAUGGACCAACUUGGAGGAAAAAGAAAGCACGGCAACAGAGGAGCAAGGACAAAAAACGAAAAGGAAAUACUGGCUAAUUUGCUGUGAAUCAGAAGUUCUGCAAUAUAUACAUUAUAUAUUUUUUACCUUUGCCAAGAUAAAAAAUGAUGUAUAGAUAUCAAAUAUUUGUUUCAGAGUUUACAGCUGGACAGAAAAUGAGUUAUACCAUUGGUUGGUUUUGUAUGAUAGAUACUGUGUCCUUUGCAAAUAUCUGUCUUUGUGGAUUGCUGUGACUUUGCUUUCAUCAGUUUUAACUGUACUAUGGUCCAUGCCAAUAAUUAUCUUGCUCUUACUUCUUGUAUGUUGUGUUCCACAGUUUUUAAAACUGUUGUUCAGGUUAGUUACUGGGAACCACACUUUAUUAAAUGACUGGCAAAUCAAUCAUUUGACCUGAUCUUCAUAGAUCCAGCUUUGUUCAGAAAUGACAUUUUCCAAGGACUCUGUCAAGUGGCAUUUAUGGGAUUGCAUUUUUUUUAAAGCUUUUUCUUGGUUUAGAACAUCUUCAUAAAAGAUUUUAAAAUAAAACAUCAUUAUUCACCCAGAAGGCCUCUUGCAUUCAGUAAUGGAACAUCCUUGUUAUGUGUAUUCAGUGUGCCUACACAUGAUAUAAUGUUUUUUAUUUUUUAAGUACCUCACCUUGUUAUCAUUAAGCAGAGCGCUGGGUUAAGCUCCAUGAAAGUUUAACAAGGGAGGGACACAGGUAUUUUACCAGGGUUUCCUAAAAGGGGUUGCCUUAGGGUGGGCUGCAAUUCCAGCAGCCAAAGCCAGACCAGGAUCAAAAUUUUGGAAGCUGACACGUCUCUGGAAAUUCAAAAAGUAGGUGAGUAACUCCUUGUGACACUAUAUACUCUUAUUCAUGUCCCAGAACAUUUAUUGAAUAUACCUAAAAAAAAUGAGGCAGCUCAGCUUUUGUUUCUCAUGAGUCUUAUAAAAGAUUCAUUUAUUAUGAAGUUUUCCAAGUGGCAUGUGGUACUGGUUAAACUCCCCAAAACUUACUCAUAUUAAAUAAUACAUCAAUUCAUACUUAUAUAGAUAACACUUAGGGUUGAUAUAAAAUUUUGCUUGCAAUGACCCUGUAAGGUUUGAAGUAUAAGUAUUCAUGCCCACAUUUUAUAGGUGAGGAAACCGAGGCCUUUAGAUGUUAAGUGGUUUGUUAAUGUCAUUACAUUCACUCUGGUUAGCUCUUAAGUGUUAGAGUCCAAGUUAGAACCAACACCUCCUGGCUCAUGGUCCAAUGUUCUUUUUCCCAUUACAACAUAUUCACUCUUUACCAAGCUUGGGAAAUUUUAUGAGGUGAUCUACUCUGAUCCAAAUUACUUGGCAUGACCGAGGAUUUUACGAGCAGCAAUGUGUUCAUUUUUGGCAAUGUAUUACACCAUUAUUUUGUAUUUCUGCUCACUAUCUUCUACAAUAUCUUUUUGAUCAGUUUGGCCCAAGAUGUUCACUUCCCAUUCUUUUCCUCACUCUUACUCUACCCUUCCCCACCCCCACCCCAUUCAUGUAACAUAGUUCUCUUCUAAAAAAUUUAGUUCAGCACAUGAUUUCCACCGUAGCCGUGUCCCUACCUUUAUCUCAUUCUUUUUUCUUCCUAGAGAAUUCUUAAAGAGGAAGUCAUUGAUUUUCAGGGGAUGAGCAGCAAAGGGAAUUAAAUUGGGGGACUAAAUAAUAGGAACAAAAUUAAACAUAUAAUUGCAAAUUAUGUAAAAUAAAAAUUACUAAAGCAAUUCUAAAUUUGAUAUUGAUGCAAAUGAAUAUUGCUGAUUUUGUGAACUACAAAUGAAGAUUGGGUUUGGUUCUGGAAGAAAACCAAAAUCUUUACAGAACAGCGUCAAAGUUUCAUUGUGCAAUUUGAAUGUUUCACAUUAUUUUGUCAGCAUGGACACAACACUUAUGAUAAAAUACUUCAAGUGCCAAGAUAAUAAAAACUUGUUGAAUGAAUGAAUAAAUAAAUG